AUGAAUAAAUUUUCAGCGUUCAUGUCGUCGAACGAAUCAGACGACAUGAAGCCGAACAUCUUGUUAUUGAAACCUCCUCCAAGUCAACCAUUUCACGCGGUCGUUGCUCCAGGGCGGGCUAGGGAGGUACCUCAUACACCAAGAGAGGUUAAGCCUGCUCUUGAUAUUCAGUUUCCAUUGGCGCCAUAUCACCAAACUCCAGGACCCAUCAAAACCUCGCAGACCUACCUGCGAACACUUGUCCUAGAGCACUGGGAUGCAGAGAUUAGGCUUUGUGAUGAGUCAUGCAGAGCGCAGCUCUCAGAGCACAUACAAGGUCCUGCUGCUCACCAAAAUUUGGUGCGGGAGAUGAUAAAGGUGCAAUGGAAUGCUGAAAAAAAGCGGUGUGAGGAGUCACGCAAGGUUCAACUUUUGGAGCUCUUACUUGCGGCUCAUGGCAUUACUACCCUAGCUUAG